AGACUGCGGAAUAGCGCUGCGGCCGAAGGUUGUAUAGAAAGCUGCAACGUUUGAUGCAGCCUGGAGCUGGCGGCGGGUGACCAAGGAUUCCAGCCUUAACACCGUUAUCCUCCGUUAUCCUCAAUUUAAAAUUAAUUUGUCAAAUAAAAGGAUGCAUUGGAUGGCCAUUGAUAUCCAUACGGAUAGAUGGUGGUGAAAUUGACUAGUCUGUCUUUGUUUAGGGAUUUUUUAUGGAAGGUGAUAUCGCAACGAUGGUGUGUCAGACGUUCAGAAGUUUACAAAGAGGCGACUUCAGUGCUCUUCUGCUGGCUGUGGUGGUGCUUGGGAUUCUGUUUGAAGGGAUGCAAGAAACCACGGCAUUUCCCACCUGGAGAAUAGAGGAAGAAGUUCACACCUCUGGUGUGUUAAUGAUUGGGAUUCGCAAAGAUGCCCACACGCAGGUCCUCCACCUCUCCAGGAACAAGCGCUAUACCCUCACCCCUGAGAAACUCAAAUGGGACAAGUUCAAGCUCACUUACAAGCUGCUCUCUUUCCCAAGGAACCUGAUGAAUGCCAGUGACACGCGCCAUGGCAUUGCCAAAGCCUUCACUAUGUGGAGUGAUGUCUCGCCCUUCAGCUUUAGAGAGGUGCCCGCUGACCAGGAGGCAGACAUCAAGAUAGGCUUCUACCCCAUCAACCACACAGACUGUCUGCAGUCCUACUUGCACCACUGUUUCGACGGCAUCACCGGGGAACUGGCACAUGCUUUCUUCCCUCCAACGGGCGAGAUCCACUUUGACGACCAUGAGUAUUGGAUUCUGGGAAACAUGCGCUUCAGCUGGAAAAAAGGGGUGUGGCUGACAGACUUGGUCCAUGUAGCGGCUCACGAGAUUGGCCACGUCCUGGGCCUCAUGCACUCCCUGAACCCCAAGGCCAUCAUGCACCUGAACGCAACUCUAACGGGGCGCAAGCUCAUCACACAGGACGAGGUGUGGGGCCUGCACCGACUCUAUGGAUGUUUGGAUAGAUUAUUUAUCUGUCCAGCCUGGGCGCGGAAAGGCUAUUGCGACAGCAAGCGCAAGCUCAUGCAGAAGCACUGCCCCUCGAGCUGUGAUUUCUGUUACGAGUUCCCCUUCCCCACUGUGGCCCCCACCCCCACCCCCCAACGGACCAAACACAAGCUGGUGGCUGAGGGGAAGAAGCUCACCUUCCGAUGUGGGAAGAAAAUUGCAGCAAAGGCAGGCAAAGUAUACUGGUACAAGGACGGAGAGAUUCUGGAGUACUCCCACCCUGGCUACAUCUCCCUAAAAGACGACCACAUCAGUAUCGUGGCCAACGCCAUCAACGAGGGCACAUACACCUGCAUCGUGAGGAAAAAGAACAAGGUCCUCACCAACUACUCCUGGAGGGUACGAGUGCGCUUCUGAGGGUGAUGCCCCCAUCCGCACAUAGAAGCACUGGGUAUUAGCACAGAGAACACACAACCAUAAAAACAGAAUUACCAGAAGAGGAAAAGCCCUUAGACAACUGCAUUUUCACACAUCGACUUGAAUGGGAUGUCCGUUCUAGGAAUUAUAUUUCAAAGCACACCUUCACUCAAACAUUGCUUGUUCAAAAUGGGGACCUCACUCACUUGGGCACAUAUUUUAAUGUAUGUACAUUGUCUAAACAAUAGCCUCAAAACAAUCAUGUUUUAGGUCUGUUUUUUUGUAAUGAAUUUUCAUAUGUGCACAAUAAACCCUUUUGUUCUGUG